AUGUCUGGUGUUACAGUUAGAGAUGUUAAUCCUCACGAAUUUGUAAAAGCCUACGCUGCAUAUUUAAAACGGUCGGGCAAAUUAGAAGUACCUAAGUGGGUCGAUCUCGUAAAGACUGGUCCAUACAAAGAAUUAUCUCCUUAUGACCCCGAUUGGUUUUAUAUUAGAGCUGCGGCGGUUGCCCGACAUAUUUAUCUUCGUAAUGGAGUUGGUGUCGGUGCAUUGAAAAAGCUUUAUGGUGGUCGUAAAAGAAGAGGUACUCGUCCUUCCCAUCAUGCAGAUUCAUCUGGAUCUAUUGCACGUAAAGUCCUCCAAGCGUUAGAAAAAAUUAAUGUCUUGGAAAAAGAUAAUAAAGGUGGACGCAAAAUCACACAAGAUGGACAACGUGAUCUAGAUCGUAUUGCCUCAGCCUGUUUAAAGGAACAACGAGAAGAAGAAUAA